UAGUGAUUAUAGUUUUUAGUAGAACUAUAUAUAUAUGUUUAAAUCAUUGUAAUUAAUCAGAGAACUUACUUGAAUAUUUAGUAUUCUGUUAUUUUUUAAUGUAGAUUAUUAACUAUAAAUUACAUUUAUGGAAUAUUUCAAAAGUGGUUUAAAAUCUGUGCUAGGCUCACCAGUAGUUGAUGAGCAACCAUCUGGUGCUGAUAUUGUUGAAAGAUUAGUCGAACGAGUUCAGUACUCUACAUUGUUAGCUGAUAGACGUGAUGCAUGUAGAGCACUUAAAGCUUUAUCUAGAAAGUAUCGUAUUGAAGUAGGAGCUAAAGGAAUGGAUAUUUUAUGUCAAGUUUUACAACAAGACCGUGCAGAUGCUGAGAUUAUUAGUUACGUUUUAGACACAUUAAAAAUCAUUAUGAAUAAUGAAAUAUAUGAUGAAGAAGAAAUACCAGAUGUUACGGCAAAAGAUUCUGAUAAAUUAGGUGAACGUUUUACUGAGAUUUUUAUAAAAAAACAAGAAAAUGUUGCAUUAAUUCUUGAUUAUUUAGAAGAAUUUGAUUUUCAAAUUCGCUGGCCAGCACUACAAUUAUUAUUAUUAUUACUAACCAAUAAAGCAAAAGAUGUACAAGAAAUUAUUUUGAUCAGUCCAAUGGGUGUUUCCAAAUUAAUUGAUAUGUUAAGUGACAGUCGAGAAGUAAUUAGAAAUAAUUCUGUUUUAUUAUUAACACUACUCACCAAAAGUAAUGCAAAUAUCCAGAAAAUAUUAGCUUUUGAAAAUGCUUUUGAUCGUCUCUUUGAUGUCAUAAAUGAAGAAGGCAAUGCUGAAGGAGGAAUUGUCGUUCAAGAUUGUCUAAAUUUUAUGUUAUCCUUAUUAAGAAAUAAUAUUUCAACUCAAAAUUUUUUCAAAGAAGGUAACUAUAUUUCACGAAUUCUUCCUCUUUUAAAAUUACCAAUUGAUGAUGAAUGGCCAUUACAAAGAGUUAACAAUGUACAUGCUGUACUACAAAUAAUACGAACACUUAUAUCCCCCACUAAUCCUGCUCAAGCAACUACAUGUUGCCAACAAGCAAUGCUUACUUCAGGAAUUAUGAAAGCCAUGUGUGACUUAAUAAUAACAAAUGGUGUGCCUAAAAAUCCACUGACCGAAGCGAUAAAUACUGUGGCUGAGCUUAUACGAGGACACAUAGAAAACCAGCAGUAUUUUGAAGCUGUUAAGUCUACUGGUGUAUCCUCAAAGGAAGUUUUGGUUUUAUUGUUAUGGUCUAUGUUAAAUGAUAAACAACCAUUUGAUAUGCGCUGUGCAGUUCUUUAUUGUUUCCAAUGUUACUUGUAUAAAAAUGAAAUUGGCAAAAUGAAAAUUGUAAAGAAACUUUUGCCAACUGAAAAAGAAGUAUCAGAAACUUGUGCCAGUCAACUUUUAUGUCAAGGUUUGUUUUGCAAAGAACCACUUGGGGUUUGGUUUUCAUCAGUUGCAUUAUCACAUGCUCUUAUUGAUAAUCCUGAUGGAAAAGAGAAAUUAAUUAAUGUUAUGUUAGCAUCAAAAGAUCAAAAUCCACCUACUUUGUUACAAAAAAUUAUUAGUUCUAUUCAAGCGACUGACAAAGCACAAAGUAAAAUUGGAUAUCUAAUGUUUUUAUCAACUUGGUUUUCACAUUGUUCUUUGGCAGUUGAGAGUUUCUUAAAAAUUAGUAAUGGUGUUCCAUAUUUUAUCACUCAAGCUAAUCGUUUGGAAAAUGAAGAAAUUGAAGAAAUUGUAAGUGGCUUAAGUACAUUUAUAAUGGGUUUAUGUUUAGCUUUCAAUCCAGAUACAGUUGACAACUUUAAAAAAGAUAGCCUUAGACAUUUAAUAACUAAACGAAUCGGUGUAGAAACUUUUAUAGAAAAACUAGGAGAUGUUUCUAGAAAUGAAUCUUACACUAAAGCAAGCAAGCAUCCACAACCAACUGCUCAUAAUCCUCUUAAUCUAUUAUUAGAUUAUGAGUUUUGUAAGUUAUUUAAAAUUUUAGAAGGAAUGGUAAUGAGAACACUAAAUACACAACCUGGACAAGAUGACCAAGAAAAAUUGGCUUCAAGCACAAAACAAAUUGAAGAGCUUCAAAAUACAGUGGAUUCUCUUAAAAAUGAAUUGACUGAAAAAACCAAUAGAAUUGAGGAAUUAUGCAGAUUAGCUAAUGAUUUUAAAGAUGAUUCAGAGCGAUUAAAAACUGAAUAUUUUAAAAUUCAAGAAAAUUAUAUAAAUUUAAUGCACGCCUAUCAACAAAAAGAAAGUGAAUUAGAAUCCUAUAGAAGACUCCUAGAAAUGCAUGGAAUUUGGAAUGAUCCUCAACCAGAAACCUCAUAUUCACAGCAAACUAAUAUUCAACAACAACCACAAACAUUAGACAACAGUGAGGUUUAUCAACUACAAGAACAUCAACAUCAGCAGUUUCAACAACUUCAGCAACAACAAUAUCAGCAAGAGCAAUAUCAGCAAGAGCAACAACAAGAUCAGUUACAAAAAGAGCAACAUCAAAUGCUAGAGCAGCAAGAACAGCAACAGCAAAUUCAAGAGAAACAACACUUGGCUGAAUUAUUCAGAAACGAUUUGAACGUAUAGACAAUUGAAAUUUUUAUUUAAAUCGUUUUACCAGAAUUUCUAUAGAAAUUAAAGUUUUUAUACAUAUAUUACCAUAUAUACCAACUGCAUGAUUUUAUAGUUGAAUUAUAUUCUGUUGAAUGAAAGUUUAAAUAGAAUAUUACUAAAUAUGUCCUUUUAUUAGAUGUAUUUAUUGUAAGUA